CUCCUACCUGACCGACGUGGUGUGGUGGGCGGGCACCAUCGCCAUGGCCGUCGGGCAGAUCGGGAACUUCCUGGCCUACACCGCGGUGCCCACCGUGCUGGUGACGCCUCUGGGCGCCCUGGGCGUGCCCUUCGGGUCCAUUUUAGCCUCUUACCUUCUGAAGGAGAAGCUCAACAUCUUGGGCAAGUUGGGGUGUCUGCUCAGCUGUGCGGGUUCUGUCGUGCUAAUUAUCCACUCCCCGAAAUCCGAGAGCGUGACCACGCAGGCCGAGCUGGAGGAGAAGCUGACCAACCCAGUGUUCGUGGGCUACCUGUGCAUCGUGCUGCUCAUGCUGCUGCUGCUCAUCUUCUGGAUCGCGCCGGCCCACGGGCCCACCAACAUCAUGGUCUACAUCAGCAUCUGCUCCCUGCUGGGCAGCUUCACCGUGCCUUCCACCAAGGGCAUCGGGCUGGCGGCCCAGGACCUCUUCCACAACAACCCGUCCAGCCAGCGCGCCCUCUGCCUGUGCCUGGUGCUCCUGGCCGUGCUCGGCUGCAGCAUCAUCGUCCAGUUCAGGUACAUCAACAAGGCGCUCGAGUGCUUCGACUCGUCCGUGUUCGGGGCCAUCUACUACGUGGUCUUCACCACGCUGGUCCUGCUGGCCUCCGCCAUCCUGUUCCGCGAGUGGAGCAACGUGGGCCUGGUGGACUUCCUGGGGAUGGCCUGUGGCUUCACCACGGUCUCCGUGGGCAUUGUGCUCAUACAGGUGUUCAAGGAGUUCAACUUCAGCCUUGGGGAAAUGAACAAGUCCAACAUGAAAACAGACUAGGGUGCGGCAGGGGUGGGGAGGCCGAGGAGCGGGACGUGGGUACGGCUCUUGUUCCUGAGCUGAGGCGAAGUAGGAGAGCCCCCGCGUCACUGGCAUAGAGAGGCUUGUGUAUCAGUGUGUGGUCGUGGGCACAGGCACCGCCGGGCACCAGGUGGGGCAGCCCUCUGCCGGCUGAAGUUGCCACCUGGUCGCCUGGGCGUCAUCUCUCUGAUGAGAAGAAUCCAUGUUCAUUGCCAUUAACCGGAAGCUUUCAUAAAUACUCUUUCUUUUCAGACCUUUUCACGUCAUUUAGAUAGGAAAUAAAGAUGGGCUCUUUCUGGCUGGGCUUUGGGGGGGGAGCAGAUACUCUUACUCAGAUGAUUACUUGGGAAGUGAGAGAGAUGGUCUUGCAAUCUGACUGUACAGUCCAUGGACCCGUAGUUGUGUUAUUUUGCAUUCAGCCUGUGUGACCUCAUCCAAGUAAGAGGCAUAUGCAUUUAAUUUAAUGUUUUUAAUCCUGUAAUGAGCUGCCUCUCCCUACCCCCACUCCAAGACAUGUUAACCACAGGUGGAGAGAGGAGUGACUGGCUGCCCGGGCUCCGCUUCCCGGACAGCUUCCAAUAGCUUAGGUCAAUUUCAGUGCCUUUACCACUUAAACUAGUCACUUAAUUCGACUAUGACUGUGCGUAUGUUCCCUUAGCUUAGAAUAACGCCACCUCCUUGAUGGAUCUCUUUAAUAUUUCACUCUUUAAAACAUAAAUAUGUAAAGGGGUUUUAAUAAAUAAAGUUGGAAGAGAGUCAAUACUGAAGAUACAUUAGAAAGAACGGA